CUAGUACCACGACUGCGACGGUAAACCUUACUACCUYAGUCGGCCAGCAAUUACUAUCACCAUUAGGCAUUAGUCGCUGACGGAGCAACAGCAGUCGAGGGAGUGCGUCAUCAGAGAGCGUUCGUCCACCGACUGUCUCCACUCAAGAUAGUUGAAGUCGACUACGAACAACAAUAAUAUGGUCUCCGAUGCCGCCGAUUAGCCCGUGUCGGCCGGCUAUGUAUUGUCAGUUUGGAUUUGGCGGCGUCGGAUCCAUGGGUGACAACAUUAGGAAGAAGGCCACCAGCGACACGUUGCCCAAACCUGGAAAGGUCAACUCUGUGUGUAAAGAAUGGUUGGUCCAUGAAGAUGGUGCAUUGGCAUAUCAUUUACAAAAGUUGGAAGUUGAUGAACAUUACAAUGGCAAUCGUUCGCGAAAUGCUAUCGUUCGACAAGACUUGCCUACAGCCAAGGAGGAACAAGAACGUGAAAUACGUGAAGCUGAAGAACGAUAUGGGGCAUUCAUCAAAGAACAGGAAGAAAAAGAUCUCAGAGUUGCAAUGGAAUUAGCUGAAAAAUUGUCAAAAAAAAAAUAUGCACAUGACAUUGAGGUUAAUGCAAAUGCAAAUUCAGCCGGAGGAGGUAGACCAGGAAUAUUAAAAAAACAUUGCCAACCAAAAUCAACAAAAAGUUUCACAGUAGAGUCCAAUGAAUAUACUGAGUUUGAUAUUGAUGAUAUUUUGCAUGACAUUGACUAUGAAGAAGAAGUCAACCGUCAAAUUCAAGAACAAAAGGAUGCUGAAUUGGCUAAGCGACUACAAGAACAAGAAGGGYGCCCCAUGUCAAUUGAAGAUAGGGAUAGAUUAAUUGCUAUUGAAACACAAGACUGUGAAUUGGCUAAGCUUUUACAAGAAAAAGAAAAAGCGCGAUUAAGGAGAGCUCGCGAAAAAGCAAAACAAAAAGCAUUACUUAAAAAACAACAACAGUUGGAUGAAUCAACUGAAGUCGUAUCAACCACUCAAGAACCUCUUUCUAACAUCGCUAUAGCUAUUGAUCCAACAUAUAGUUCAAGAAGAACAGAAUUACAAGACAAUUUUUGUAGUACUUCUAAUGCUCCAUCUUCAUCAUUAGAUGAUGUUCCUCCUUAUAUGCCAAUUCAAGGACAACGACGUAGUAAUCAUACAGAUAAAAAAAAGAAGUCAAAGACUGAUAGUGUUGCAUCAUUUUUUAAAGUAUUCAAGUAGUGUUUUAGUGGAAAUAUAAAAUGUGAUAUUUCAAUAUUUUAGAUUCUGAAUAUAGUAAAAAUGUUAUUCUAAUUAAUAUUAAAUUUUUUAUUUUGUAAUUAUAUUCAUUAUUAAUCAAAACCUGGUAUUCCACCAAUUUAUAAAACUGUGUUCAUAGUCUAUCUGAACAUAUUUUUAUAAUUCUUGCGAGUUGAUAUAAUGAAAUUUUUUUUUAUGUUUCAUUUGUUGUCGAUUAUAUUUUUACCUUAAAGGUAGUAGAAUAUGCUAAAAUGUAUAUAUAUAUAUAUAUAUUUUCUCAUUCUUAUUGUAAUUGUGACACUAGUUGCAUUAAUCUAUUGAUAAUAUUGGUUACGAGAUAAAAAUUUGUAUGUACAGUG